AUGCCUAUUAAACUAAAUAGUCAAGUGAGUGUAUCAUUCCAUGCUAAUAGUUUAAAUGCUGUUGAGAGUGGUACCAGGGUAGAAAUGAAUGCUAAGAUUGGACUUCUUAGUUCGUCAUGUGCAACAAAUAGAAGAUUAUGUUUCAAUAUAUGCGAGUUAGUAAGAACUGGAGCAGUUUCGUGUACCGUCAAUGGUGACCAAUGUAAACAAUGUCCUAUACCUGCCGGAAAAAUCGAAAUUAAAAACUUGAUCAUUAAAACUCCAUUAUUGUUGGUUCGCCGGAGUGCUACAGUCAACGUUAAAAUAAGAGGAUAUGAUUAUAGAAGAAAGUUAAUUGGAUGUGUCGAAGUUAAUAAUAUGAAAAUACAGUAA